AUGGCAGAGGAGGAAGUUCAAGAUCUCAAACGAGAAAAUUUCAAUUUAAAAUUACGUAUUUAUUUCCUUGAAGAACAACAUCAACCGGGUACGACAAAUACUAAUGAAAAUACAACACGAACAACUUAUGUAAAUCAAUUAGAAAGUGAAAUUGAACAACUUCGUCGACGUGUUUUUUCUCAAUCAACGCAAAGUGAUGGUCUUCCAACGGUUUAUAAUUUUGAUUAUGAUGAUGAACGACGUGCAUUUCGAGAAGAACUUGAAAAAUUUCGUAAAGAAAAUGAAUUACUUCGACAAUCAUUACAAUUAAAUAGUAGUAAAAAUCAUGGUGAUAUACGUGAUAAAUUCACAACACCCAUUGUUGGUCAAAGUAUUCAAACAUCAACAUCUAUUGAUUCUGCUUUAGACAGAACAACAUCUGGAAUGUCAAGUACAUAUUUAAAUACGAAUAAUUUACAAACAGAAAUAAAUGAAUAUAAAGAACGAGAACGAAAAUUUCAAGAACAAAUUGAUUCAUUACGAAAACAACUAAAUUCAUCGUUACCACAAAAUAAUGAUACAAAUAAAAUUCGUACUGAAUUAGAUCAAGCCCGUCGACAAAUUCAACAGUAUGAAAUUGAAAUUAAUAAUUACCAACAACAACAAACAAAAGCUGAACGUGUAUUACAACGUUUGAAAAUUGAUUAUGAAGAUCAAAUUGCACGCUUGGUUGGCCAACAAGGACAACAAACAUCCAAUUAUGAAAAUCAUCAACAAGAGCCAUUAAUUGCUCGAAUUCGUUUUACUUAUCCAUUGCAUGAUCGAGCAAAUUCAAAUAUUAAUAUUGAUGAAUAUCAUCAAGCAAUUAUGCAGCGAGAUCGAAUAAUUGAACAACUUGAAGAAGCAAUUAAUGAAAUAACAAUUCGUUUACGUACACCAUUUACAUUGAUGCUUCCAUCACAAACAGCAACAUCAGAAUGGAAAGAUGAACAAAGUCAACAUUUAAUUCAUGAAUUAAAUACUCAAAUGCAAACUCAUCUUGCAACUGUUGAACAAUUACGAGCUGAAUGUAUUGAACUUCGACAAAGUGAAAAACAUUUACGAAGUCAAAUCGAAAGUUUACAUUAUCUUAUCAAUACACCAAUUCGAAAUCCUGAACUACCUCCUUUACCUCGCCCAUUACCAACACCAGCUAAGACUAGUGAUAAUAUCGAAGAUGCCGAACAAAUUCAAGCUCUUCAAACAGCAGUUGUUCAUAUAACAUUACAACUUCAAAGUGAUGCAGAAAAUGUUUCGGGUCUAACAAAUCGUAUUGCACAAAUUUUACGAGAGUGUGAUGAAUGGCAACAAAAAGCCAAUCAAUUACAACUUCAGCUCAACGAAAGAAACAAUCAUAGUCAAGAAUUUGAAAGACGUGAACGAGAAAUCGAAACUCGUAUUCGUCAAGAAUUUUCAUUAAAAAUUGAAACUUUACAACGUGAAAUUCAAACGCUACAAGGACAAGUUAAAGAUCGUGAUCGUCUCAUACGUGAAAUAGAAACUGAAGUAGAUGAUGUACGAGUACAAACACGUAAAGAUUAUGAAAAAUUUGAUAACGUUCAUAUACAAGAAAAACAAAGCCUUCAUAGUCAACUUCAAACAGCUAAUCAACUUCGUAUUGAUCUCGAACGACAAUUGGCUGAUGAACGAAGUCGAUAUGGUGAUUUAACAAGCAAAUAUGAAAAAGUUGAAUUCGAAAGACGUGAACGUGAAAUCGAAACUCGUCUUCGUCAAGAAUUUUCAUUAAAAAUUGAAACUUCACAACGUGAAAUUCAAAGUUUACACCGUGAAAUUCUAACUUUACAAGGACAAAUUAAAGAUCGUGAUCGUCUUAUACGUGAAUUCGAAACUGAAGUCGAUGAUGUACGAGUACAAACACGUAAAGAUUAUGAAAAAUUUGAUAAUGUUCAUAUUCAAGAAAAGCAAAAUCUUCAUAGUCAACUUCAAACAGCUAAUCAAAUUCGUAUUGAUCUCGAACGACAGUUGGCAGAUGAACGAAGUCGAUAUGGUGUUUUAACAAGCAAAUAUGAAAAAGUUGAAUUCGGAAGACGUGAACAAGAAAUCGAAACGCGUAUUCGUCAAGAAUUUUCGCUAAAAAUCGAAACUUUACAACGUGAAAUUCAAACUCUACAAGGACAAAUUAAAGAUCGUGAUCGUCACAUACGUGAAAUCGAAACUGAAGUAGGUGAUGUACGAGUACAAACACGAAAAGAUUAUGAAAAGUUUGAUAACGUUCAUGUACAAGAAAAGCAAAAUCUUCACAGUCAACUUCAGACAGCUAAUCAAAUUCGUGUUGAUCUUGAACAAAAAUUGGCAGAUGAACGAAGUCGAUAUGGUGUUUUAACAAGCAAAUAUGAAAAAGUUACAAUAUCAACUGAAGGUCAAUUCGAACAAAUGGAAAGAGAAAUUCAGCAACAAAAACGACAAAUUGAAGAAUUCAAUUUACAAAUUCGUGAAAUAGAAACUAGAUUUCAUAAUGAACGACGUCAACUUGAACGAGAAAGAGAUUUUGAAAAAGAUAAAGUUAUUGAAAUACAAAAUUCAUUAAAUACUACAAGUAGACGAUACAGUGAACUUCAAAUUGAAUAUGAUCGAAUAAAAGAUCAUUCCAGUGUUGAAGUACAAACUUUAAGACAAGAAAAUAAAACACUUAAAGAUAAUGCACGUGAAUUUGAAAAUAAAGUGUAUGAGUUAACAAGAAGAAAUGACGAGUUUAAAUCUAAAGUAUCGAAUUAUGAAUAUCGAAUUCAAGAUACGGAUAGUGUUGACAAACGAAAUCGAAAUGAAAUUGUUAAAUUACAACGUGAUAUUCAGGAAUUAUUACGGGAAAAAGAUGAUUAUACUCGUGAAGUUAAUGAAUGGAAACGUAAAUAUGAAAGUGUAAAAACUGAUUUUAGUACUAUACAAUAUGAAAGAGAACAAGUUGAAGUAGAAAAUCAAAAUAUUAAUCAACAAAAUGCUCAACUUAAACAAGAAAUGGAUGAACUUUCAAUACAAAUUCGUCUACAAAUUCAAGUAGAAUAUGAAGAAAAAUAUCGUCAAAUAACUACUCGUACAGAAAAUGAAAUUCAAAAUGUUCAAAAUGAAAAUGAAACAAUACGAUAUGAUCUCGAAGAAAUGAGUCGUGAACGAGCACGUGUUGCAGAUCGAUUACAAACAGUAGAAUAUAGUUUGAAACAAGCAAAUGAAACUAUUAAUACAUAUGAAGUUGAUAUUAAACGUUUAAAACAAGAAUUGAAUAUAGUUCGAGGCAAAAAUGAAGAUAUUGAACGUGAAAUAUCUCGUACAUAUACCAGUGAAUUAAAAAUCAAAACUGAUCGUUUACAAGAAUUUGAAAAUAAAUAUCGAUCAGUUGAAACACAAUUAAUUCAAUAUGAAAGAACAAUUAAUGAACUUCGUCAAGAUAAAAACAAACUUUUGGAAUCUAAUGAUAAAUAUCAACGCGAAUAUGAUCGAUAUCGAUUGGAUCAACAAAAUAUUGCUGAAUAUAUUGCAACAAUUGAUGACCUUGAAGUACAACUUCGUGAAAGAGAUAAUUUAAUUAAAAAACUUCAAUAUGAACCAGAAGAUAUUCGAUUAAAAUUUGAAAUUCGAAUUGAACAAUUAGAACAAGAAAUUGAACGACAAGAACAUUCUAUUCAAACUUAUACUCAUACAAUACGAGAAAAAGAUCGAGAUAUUGAAAGUCUUAAACGAGUUGAUAGUGAUAAUAUUCAUACAAUUCAAGUAUUACAAAAAGAAGUUCAUACACGUGAUCAACGAAUUGAACAAGUUGCAAAUGAUAAAAAAUUCGAUAUUACUGAAUAUCAACGUAAUAUAAGUGAAUUACAAGGAAUUAUUCGUGAUCGAGAACUUGAAAUUGUUGAUCUUGAUCAUAGCUUGAAACAAAAUUCUGAAGCUCAACAACGUGAACUUAUUAAUUAUCGUUAUGCUGCAGAAAAGAAUGAAAUUUAUUUACAAGAGAUUAAAACAUUAAAAAAACAAUUACAAGAAAUUCCAAAUCCAAAUACAGCAUCACAACAAAUUCUUCAUCUACAAACCAUUAUCGAAGAUUUUAAACUUCAACUUCGACAACGUGAAGAUUCAAUACAGGGUCUUCAACAUACUAUUGCUGAUUGUGAUAAAGAAUUAAAAGAAGUUCAUCAUACUUAUAAUAGUGUUCAGAAUGAUUAUAAUCGCAUAGAACUUCGUUAUGAACAAAUGGAGAAACAAUAUAAAGCUGAUUUAGACAUUCGGGAUCAAACUAUUGAUUCAUUACGUAAGCAAAUAGCUGUAAAAACUUACGAAAAAGUAGGAGCACCAGCUCCUACAGACAGUUCAUGGAAAUUAGAGCUUCAAAAGAGAGAUGAGCUAAUUAAUGAACUUAAACAAAAAUUAGAUAAUGCUGUUAGAGUUCAAUCUUCAACUAAUCAACAUAUCUCAUCUUCUAUUCAAUAUGCUCGACCAGUGGAAAUACAUACUCGUUCUCAAUUGAAAAAUUAUGCUCAUUUAAAUCGUGAAGAACUUCAAUAUGAACUUGAUAUGGCUUUACAACUUAAUGAAGAAUUAAAUCAACAAUUAGCACAAAAAUCACCUAAUAUAACUGAAUUACACAAUCAAGUAAUCGUUAUACGCAAAGAAUUAGCAAGACAAAAAUAUGUUAAUCAAGUUUUAUGGCGUAAACUUGAUGCAUUAAUUGAUAUCUAUGGUUCAAAUACUCGAGCCGAAUUAGCUAUUGAAUUAGCUAAUUAUCAAAAUGAAAUUGAAACAUUAAAAGUUAAACAAAAUGGUCUAAUUGAUGCUUCUUCUUCUUCGAAUCGACAACGUCGAUAUAGUGAAGAAGAUUCUAAUUGGAAAUCCUCAAAAAUUGUUAAAAAAAAUGAAGAUAUUAAUAUUUUCGAUAAUAUACAAAAUAUUGAAGAACUUCAAGAAAUAAUCUAUAAACAAAAUAAAUAUAUUCAACAAUUACAAAUACGUGUUCGUAUAAGUACACCAGAUAUAGUUCAAUCAUCAACAUAUAAUAAAUUAACUGAAGAAAAUAAGAAUUUAAAUCUUCUUAUUGAUACUUAUAAAAAUGAACUUAGAAAACUUUCGAAAACUAAUCAAAUCAAUCAAGUAACAUUACAAGAAUAUGAAAAUGUUAUAAGAAUACAACAAAAUCAUAUUGAAGAAAAAAAUAAAGCAUUCGAACAAUUGUCAUCAAAGAAACAUAAUUCUCAUCCAACAAAUUUAUUUAAACAAAAUAAAAUGACUGAUUUUAUAAUCGAUUUAGAUAUUGAUAUUAUACCUACACAUGAUAAAAAAAGAAAAACUUCAACGACUAAAACUGAUAUUUCUGUGGACAAUGCACGUUAUAUAUCAUUACAACAAGACUAUCAACGACAAACUAAUGAUAAAGAUGAACAAAUUAGACAAUUAACCAAACAAUUGAACGAUUUAAGAAACAAUAAUAGUAAAGGCAAUGGUCAUUAUCAAUCACAUUUACAAAUUGAUGUAUUAAAAUCUACACAAAUUCAACUUGAUCAAGCACAAGAUCAAAAUCAUAGAUUACAUAAUGAAAUAAAAUUAUUACAAAAUGAAUUAACGAAUAAAGUACAAUUAAUUAAUCAUUAUGAAAAACAAAUUAGUUUAUUAGAAAAACAAAUUAAUUCUCGUGGUAGCGGUACUACGGGAAUAUCGAUUCAAACAAAUGAUCUGUCAGAAUUAUUAGAAGAAAUGCGUCGUCUUCGUCAAGAUCUUGAACGAAGUAUAAAUAGACAAAAUGAAUUACAAAUAAAAUUAGAUGAAAAUAUUCGUCUCUCACGCGCACCACGUGAAUUUUCAUUUUCUGGUCGUGGAGUUUCAUAUCCUGAUCUUCGUUUAAUUGAUGCAUCAGGAUCAGUUGCAACAGAAAAUUAUUCAUUUACAAAUAUAACAGAAGAAAAACGUUCAAGACCAAUUGGAGCAUCAACUAUAGAAUUUCAAACUGAACAAAUCAAUUUUGGCAAAUCCUAUAUUAUUGGUGAAUUAGAAAAUCAUGAAAAUCUUCGACGAUUAAUCGCGAAUAUUAAAAUUCAAUUAAAAGAAAUUGAAAUUAAAAUUCAAGAAAAACUUCGAUCAAAAUCUACUUCAUCAACUGGUGAACCAUCGAUGGAAUGGCUUGAACAUCGUUUAAAGUCUCUUAAUCAAUGUCUUGCACUUCUAGAACAAAUGUAUCAAUUAACUGAAUCAUACUGGAAAACUAAUUUAUCUAUUAGCAGUAAUUAUGAUGAACAUAUGUCUAAUGAUUCACGUCUUAUUAAUGAAAAUAAACAACUGCAAAUAUCUCAAGCAAAAUAUGCUCAUGAAUUACAAAAUUUAAAACAAAAAUAUAAAGAACAAUCGACUUAUUUAGAACAAGUACUUACUCAAUUAACAGUAAG